AUGGGGAAUCAAUCUGAUGGAGGGGUUGGCAAAAGCAAUGUUCUUUAUGGCUUCAAUGCGUUGGGCGUGUUGUUCAUUCCGCCGCCACUGGAUUCUUUAUUUUUUUAUUCGAAAAUUCACCCAACAUUCCGGGCAGAACACGCUGGGAAAGAAGGGGUGGAAGGGUUUGUGAAGAAGGAUCUCGAGGGGCUGACCGAGUAUGAGAGUAAGGGAUUGGAGGAGCUCAAGCCGGAGCUUAAGAAUAAGGAAAAAACACACAAAAUUGAAAUUAAUCCUUCUAAUUUCCCGAAACUCUGCCUGGCCGAAGUAGGCCUCGGCAACCUGGUAGAUGUCGUUGGGGUCAAGGCCGUCGAACUCGUCGAUGACCGUGGUGAGCUGGUUGGAGAAGGCGGAGAGGAGGCGGCAGAUGCCGGAGAAAAUGUUGUCGUGGAGCUCCGGCGGGAGGAGGUCGUUGGCGAUGGCGCGGACAACCACGGCAGUUGCGGCAUUAGAGCCCGCGACGGAGAGGAUUUUGCUGGCGGUGUAUUUUUUCUGGAAAGAGAGAAAGGGUACAACUAG